AAAACAGAAAACAGAAGAGUUCCAAUGCCGGAGGGCGAAGGACGGCUUUACAAAAAUAACGCGAAAGUAAAAUUUGCGGUAUCUUUUUACAAAUAUAAAAUUCCCUUUGUGAUGCAGAAUAGAUCUUGAUUUUGGGAUUAAAAGUGUAUGCUGAAUAAAAUAUGAAAAAAUACACUAUAAAGAGGCUUAUUUGGUUUGAUAAAGUAGCGUUUUAUCGCAUGGUACAGAGAGUAUUAUUUGAAGAAUGCUGGGAAAAGUUCGGCGCCAUCUUCCCAUAACAGUGUUUUCUGUAGCGAGAGUAGCGUUGUUGUUUGUACGAUUGCAACUUGUAGUUUACAACGUUAGGUGUGAAUUUCCAAAAGAAGUGGAAUUAAAGUGAUUUUUAGAUCUGUGCAAGUCAUUUGUGUUUUACACCCCAUGACUUACUACUGGUCUCCGUGGAUUAGAUGAAACAGCUGUGUGCGGCAGAUGUUUAACAUUUCAUUGAGCUGUGUACAGUACAGACAGCAAAGAGGGAUAACAAUAAGUGUUUCAUUCCAGUACUUGAACAGCAUUGUCACAAUUUACAGGUCGGUCAUCAGAGUAUGAGCUAGUUGAUGGUGGAGAUUUUCAACUCUUUCUACCGUCCUGGACAUUGAUCUUGGAGGGAGGAUUGUUUAAAACAUUGCUUCAACAAAGCCAUUAUGUGAUAAACUGAACAGCCAGACGAAGACAACGAAAGUGCUUUAGUGUUUAUAUUCUUGGAGGAACAAGAGCAAGAAAGAAAAUGUUUUAGAGUUACUUUGAUUCACGUACGAGGGCUGUAGCCUGAGACCCUCAGAGCUGGUCUGAAAUAUAUUUCGAAUUUUUUUUUCCCGGGGGGUGGGUUGGUAUUUCUAGGAGGAUCCAUAGUCCCCAUCUCUUGCUCAUUCAUUACUGUGUGUUGGCGAUAUUCGUGAGACGAGGAUGCAGGUUUCUCUCGAGUCAAAGGCUUUUUGUGCUUCUUACUUGGAGAAAGUGUUGAUACUUGCUUGCGAGGACAUGUAGCUAGCUGUUGUAAUGGAGUGAAUUCAUCAAGAGCUCUAUAUGCCUUUACAUAUUUCAUAGUAUUAACCAUCUUGUAAAUAAGUUUGUACAUUUUUAGCACACAGUGACUUUAAGCUUGUUGUUUGUUGAAUGUUCCUUUCCCAAGUGCCUUUGAUCUCUUUUGAAUAGUUUUUGCUUAUUGUUCCAUUUGGUGUUCAGUGUUCAUCGUAUUAUAUUUGCAAAGUACAAGUUACAGCCCACUCGGAUCAUCCACAUCAAGUCAACUGCUGAGUUAUCCUGUUUCAGUUGUGUAUCUUCCAGGGUCACACAAUGUUCAUGUGAAAGGAGAUAUGGCAGAGAGUAAUGAACCCAAGCAAGAUUUUGCUCCGCCAUGGCUCAAGUUUCCCCCUGCCGAUUCUUCGAGUUCAAGUGUGAAAUCAGUCUCAUAUCCAGCUGAGCGCAAUCGUCAACGUAGAGAUGAUCCUUAUUCCGCCAGGCCAGAGUUCAGCCGUCUUCACAGGCAAAGCUCAUUUGACUUCCAUGAAGGCAAGCGAUUCCAUCAAGGCCAGUCAAAAUAUCGGCAUCAUUCUGUGGAUGAUGACAGCUACAACUCCCCUUACAAUUAUGGAUACUAUCCUCCAGGUUAUAAUUACGAAAAGUAUGGAAUGCAGUACAGCUCACAGCCGUCUUUGGGAAGGUCAAUAAGUCGAGAUGGAAAGCUGAUCCCUCCUCGCCCUUCACAGGGUACUCCAAGAAGAGGAGGUUACCAUGAAAAGGAUCACCCCAAAGACCCAAGAAAUUACGAUGGAAAAUUCCGGGAGAGAGGCUCCGAGAGGGACAGACCUUUCAGUGAUGAUUUUCCUUCCCUCGUGAGCAAUGGUGAGCCUAAUGGAGAGGUAAAACCAGCCAAGCCAGGUUCUGGAGUUUGGGAGAAUCCACCUAAAUCGAAUCGAAAUGAUGAUUCGCCGGAUCUGCUGAAAAAUACUUCCCCUGGAAUCUACAAAGCUUUGGUUCCGAACAAGAAUGGACCAUCGAAAAAACCUGCUCGGGAUGGCUUGCGCAUGAAUGGAAAUGUCAGAGAUUCGUCCCCCUUGAGUCCUUCAAACAAGUCGAAUUAUAAAGAGGGUACACGUCAGAGUCCAACACCUGAUCUAACAAUUGUAACACAGCCUAAAAAGCUGGGAGAUAAGAAAAGUGAAUUCCUUCGGGCCCUUCGGAAUGAAAGCUCAUUGAGGAAUGGAGAUAACUUCCAGGACCAAAAUCAAAAUGCGAUUGGAAAGAGAGAGCACUCGCUACAUGGAAAUGAAAGCCCCAUGAUGGAAGACGUGAAUGCAUUUACACACGUGAAUGGGAACCAUGGAUCUGAUGUUGUUAAUGGCAAAGAGAGCCCCAGUUGUGAAAAAGAGGAGCCGGCCGUGAAUGGGGAUGGUGGAGAGACCCUGGUCUCGGAUGUGGAUCACAUCAACCUUGAGGGAGAAGAGGAGGAGAAAAGGUUGCUUCUAGAGAUGGGCUGGGACGAGGAAGAUGACACAGAAUAUGUUAUCACUGAUGAUGAAAUUAGAGAGUUUCAGGACCUGCUACAAAAUCACUGCCAUGGACAGAAGAAUGGCCUGAAAUCUUCGUUGCGCAACGUUCUCAGUAAGAAUUUUGCCAAUGGCUUGAAUGGCAGCAAUGAUGAAAGCGAAAAACAGUCAAAGCCUUUGUGAUACAUGUAGUUGCCAUUUCUACACAUUGAAGUGCAUGAGAUGGAAUUUCUUUUAAAGUGUGCCUGAGUGGAAGAGAAUGCUAAAAGGCUGAAGUACAUUUUGUUCUCACGGAGCAUCCUUCAUCUCUUCAGUAUUUCAUAUGCAACUGUAACUUGGAGUGAAAAAAAUAAUAACAAGAAGAAAAAUCAUUGGACCAAUUUGGAAUGGACUUGAAAGAUUCUUUAAUUUUUCAAUUUCACUUGAAUGUUGAUUGCUGUCUCAUAGAUGAUAGUGAUUGAUUAUAGUAAUUGAGCACCCUGUUUUGUACAUUGAUGAUGAUGAUGAUGAUGAUUCCAAUUUAUGUGUUUUGCGUAGAUGAUGUGAAGCAUGCAGCUCUCAUUUGUCUGUUGUUCCCAUCAUCAAACUCUCAACAUCACCACCUUCACCCAUCCACUCUCACCCUCCACUCCCCUCCCACCCCCACCCCCCUUGCUCUGAUUGAUGUGGUCAUAUCUUACACAAGUGUGUGGCGUUCCUCUGUGCUGGUAAAUAUUUUUAGUUUUCACAUCUCUGUUAAGGAGCUCCCGAGAAAGAACAGCACAGAAGUUAAGUGUUUGGCUUUGGGUUUUUUUCCCCCCUAUUAACUGAUGAGUUCGGACAUGUUUUUUUUCACCUGUCGAUGAUGACAGUGAUGAGUACAGGAGUCCAGGAUUCUUCUUCACUACUUUUAUUUUCCCCUCUUGAUUAUUUUGAGAGUUGGUUAGAAAUGGUUUCUCCGAUCACCUCGCAAACUUAAAAACGUUUUUUAUCUGUUCUGUUAACGUACAAAAUUCAUCGUCUCCAUCGGCUACCCUUUUUUUUUCUUCAUGAGAGUGAUAAACAUUCUAGAAAUUUUGAACCUCUCCCCCUCCUCCUCCUCCUUCACUACCCACAGAUGACCGACCCUUUUUUUCUUCUUGGAAUCAGAGUGUCACGGGCAUAGAGUUGCCCCGAGAAGUUUAUUUUCUACCUAUUUAUAUGUGUAUACAUUUUAUUUGUAAUCAAUUUGGAAAAUUGUCUUCCUCUUGAUGGGUGAGAAUCAAAGACAAUUAUAUAUACGCAAAUCGUGCAGUCUGAACAGUCAUCAUUCCCGUCCCCUCUCUCCUUACAUCAUGGCAGCAUAGAGACCUACAUGUACCGUCAAGAAAUUACUAUGAUUAUUACAGACGGUUUUCAUUAUUUUUUUAUAAUAAAGUCUGAACAAAAUUGAGUCGGAAGAUUUUUUUUUUCUCAAUCUGAGUAAUCUUCGUAGAAGGGGGUUGCUGACUACCAGUUUUCUUCCCUUGUCCUGUAUUAUUCUUUAUAGUAGGGGUUGUUUUUUAAGUGGGGGAGUUUUUGCCCUUUUUUUCAUCAUCUUGCUCUGUACAUACCUGUUGCCAUUCUUGAUUGAAAUAUUUUUGAAAAGCUUCCACAUUUAGUUGUAGAUUUGGGGGAAAAAAAAGUCAUUGGUUCGGGGUAUGUCGAAGGAAAUUAUAUUUUGAUGUGUAUGUGAACACUGGUUGUGGCAAAGGAGGUGGUACUAUUUCAUUUCCAAUAAAUAAGACUGACUUAAAUCUGGAGGGAAUGGAGAGGAUUAAAAAGCUAAGAUGUGCUUUAUUUUGAUUGGUUUUAUUUCUCCCUUUUCACAUGAGCUCAGAGUUCUUCUGUUUCCUCUUCUGGCCUUUCCUUUUUUGACGCAGUGAUUUUUUUUUUCCUUUGUGUUUUAGAUGCAAACCAUAUCAAUUCAGAAGUUGCCACCUUCACAUCUAUGAGAAUUGGGAUGUGAUUUUAUGUACUCCUGACCUGCGCAUUCACGAUUGCAUUCCAUAUUCUUAGUUCUGUUCUGGGAUUUUGUAGAUGAGUUGGCUGAGUUUUAUUGUUGUAGCUGUUCUUUAUGUUGCUUUUUGUGUGUACUUAUUCCUUUUUUUUAAAGUUCUUUUUUCCCCUCUAGUUUCGUACUUUAGAGAGGCUACAUGAUGCCUUACUGACACAUGGGCCAUUAUAUUAAAUCAAAACAUUCCCCCUUUGCCAAAGCAAGAAAAGCCCUAUCAUUUUUUAUCUGCGCAAUUGUGUUUAUUUUUGGGAUUUUAAUUUUAAGUAACAAUAGUUGGUCCUUUUUAGCUGUGCUGCACUCUUACCAUGAUCAUAUAUACCGGUAUGACAAGGUAUUCAGUGAAACAAUAUGAAGUCACCCUUAUUUUUAUUUUUUUUACUUUUUUCUUUUCCACAGUUCCAUUAGCUCAUUAAGAUUUCUGUAAUAUUAUAGAAACUUGUCCUUUUCUGUCAUCUGAUUCUAAUGCUUGCAUGUAGAUUCAUGUUCUCAAGUUUGCAUGGUUUUGUUAGCACUUGAAAGGAUUGCAGUUGACACAACAGAAAUAUGUUCAAAAGGAGAGGCCACCGAAGAGUUUACUGUAAUGCAGUCAAUAAUGUCUGAAUGAUUUAUACCCUUAGUUAAAUUUACGUCCAAUGUUCUCAUUAGUCACACCAAUUGCUGUAGUUUCUAGAGGUGCACUCUGUUCAGCACCGUUUGAUGUGGUGAAGGGUAAAAAAAAUAUGCUUCACCGUAAGAAAUAAGACAAUUACUGUGAAUAGUAGAGGUUAAAGUGGGCGGGGAGGAAAAGUGCGCAGAAACUUUGUUUAUGCCAGCUUUCAGUUAUGACCAGAUCACUCAAAAGCUUUCACGUUCUUGCUGGCAUUUGAAAUUUCAGCCUGUACUCUUUUAGAAUGGCUAUUGGUCGCGCUGCAUAAAGAGUACAUCAGUACAAUUUGCAGACCUUUCAGUUUGCAAUGAUUAUGCAGAAACUAAGAAAUAUUUGUCCUCCCAGAAGAUGGAACGAAAGAGCUCUCUCUCUCUCUCUCUCUUUGGAGAUUGAAGACUUAUAUGCUGUUUGAUGUGAAUACAAGAUUGUUUGAUGGUUUGGUGUUAAUUGCUCAGUGCUCUUUCCCAAGGUUGUUGCAUCUUGGGUGUGUUGACAUCGUGUAUGUUCUCGUGUACGGUGCUGGCAGACUAGGACCAUCAGUUAAGCGAUGAUGUACUGACUUCUCUCUUGUAUGUCUAGUAUGUGCCAAAUGUUAGGUUCAGAAGCUCACAGGGUUUUUCUUGAAUGUACACUGUUUUCAAGCUGUCUUUCAAAAGAAGUAAUAACCAAACAUGACAGCCGAUUAUUAGCUAAGUCUAAACAACAGGCUGGUAGAAUUUGUAAGUCUCUUCAUUCUUUCAUGUUUUUUUUUUCUCCAUAACGUUUAAUGAAGUAAUAAAGUGGAUAUUUUUUUUCCAAAGGGCUUCUGUUUGAUAUAAUAUCUGUGUGAAGUUUGUGACGACUUGCGUGUAUGGUGAAGGGAACAUGGGUCUGGAGGAUGAGAUACAUUUUAAAGUUUAUUCUGACGACCUGUCUGAAUGUAUCAAGAAUUGCUGGGUCAGCAUCCUGCCAUAAUACAUUAUACUUUUGUUCUAGUUUUCCUCCGGAGAUCUUUGGUGAAAGGUACAGGAAAAGUAUCUGCCCACCACCCAGUUUGUUUGGGUUUUUUCCCACAUAGCAGCAUAAUUAUGUGUGGUAGUGAGUAGAAAGUGCGCUGUUCUUUCUACAAGCAUCUUGUUAUCGAUCCAGUUCAACAAGUGUAGAGAAGGGUAUUUAUUGAUAUACAGUGUUUGUAGGGAGAAAAAAAAGGCAUGUAGAGAGUACAGAUUAUAAUCAACUGAUCAGACUGCUGCUGAGAAUGUCAGUUGGAAAUGUUUGUCCAUGGUGUGAGUAUCAGUUCAAGUAGAUUUAAACUUGUCAUUUCUUUUUCUUUUUUUUUUUUUUUUUUCCUUCAUCCCUCUCCUACAUUCAAACCAUAAACAUCCGUCCUUUAGCUGAGUCUUAUUUUCCUUAAACACUUGUCUUUUUGUUACUAACCUAGAAGAAAGAAACAUCUCUUUUCUUUUUGUUUCUGGAGAGAUCCAGUUGUUUUUUUAUUGUCAAGUGACCACUUUUAGAAGAGAAAAAGAUGUCUUAUUCUCUUUUACUCUCCACUAUCAAAGUGCAUGAAGCUUUAUCAUGUGUUUGAAAAAUAAAAGUUUAUAGACAUUGUUAUAAGACUGACGAGAGUUGUUUUUGCCGUUGUGUACAAAUUGGCACUACCACUACCACCAUACUGAGAUAUAGAGGGUUUGAAAAAAACAUUUUUAGAAUUUGUGCCUUACCAGAAAAUAGUCGGAGGAGAGUCUUUAUAUGGAAAUUUAUGUACAGUAAAGAAUUUUCUCACAGCCAAAAGCAGAAUCUGAAGUGUGUCACAAAAGUAAACUUUGAAUGUUGUUCAUGACUCGGUCACUUUUUGCAUGAUAUUGGUGACCGACUGAACGCUAGGUUCUCAGAUUUAAGUUUACAUACGAAGUAAAAUCAGAGAAUGUUUUCUUUAAAUUUUUGGUAAACUUUCACUUUGUACGCUGACAUUUGAAACUUUUAGGAGGUUAUGCGAAACCGGUGUUGUUUAUAAGAACUAGUAACAUUGGCCUGGUUACUUUCUACAGUUUCCAACUUUCAUAAAGUAAUAAGGAAGGACCAUCCAAAAAAUAUAGGGAAAAACAGUCUCAACUUUUUAGUAGAGAUAUUAAUGAGCUAUUUCAUUUUUGUAAAAUUAAUUUGGAUCCAUACUUUGUGGAAUGGAACACAGUUCACCCAUUAUAGUUGUGAUCAUGUUCGUCAAAAAUGAUUUUGAAGUUUUUACAUUCUAAGAGAAAGAGUGCAGAUAUGUGUUUUCUAUGUUCCUGCUUUGGCUUCUAAUGAAACCUGCCUGUUUGCCAAAGGUGUAUCCAUGUUUGUUCUUUUCAGCUUCUUAUCAAAUAUUUAGGCUAUAGAUUCUCAAGAAAGUGUUUUCUCUCAUCGUUGGCACUUUGAUAAAGAGAAAAGAUUCUUGAUACUAUGAUACACACGACUUGACUCAGGACCCUCCGCUGGUAGUUCCUACUGUUUUUACUGGAUAUUAUUUCUUUCUGUUUGGCCUUUUCUGAGAUUCCCUGCACUUAGCGACUGUUUCCUUGGUGUAUCUUCUGGUCUAGUUCUUCCCCUUUCUCUGUAGACUAGAGGCAAAGGGCCAAUGCACCUGAGCUCUUCAGGACUCUCAUCAGCAUUGCCUUUCUCACUUUCUCACCCUGCAUCAGGGUAUAGGCCACGAACAAACACUUCCCACCUUUCCCUAUCCGGGCAAGUCUCUUGAUGUUAUUCCAUGUCUCUCUGGACCUUACCACUGCACAAACAAGUGUAUGUUUGGCAGGGAUGCAAAUUCUCCAGUUUUCUCGGCUUUUUCCAUUUUGUUCAUACACUUUUAAAGGAAAGGGGAGAGGUAAGAGAAAUGUAUUUGUUUGCUAUUUUAAAAUUUACGAUGUUCGUUUUCGGUGAGAUGUGAUACUCCGCUCAUUUUCAGGUUUUUUUUUCAAAAUCACUUGGCAUCUCUGGUAUGGGGUACGGAAGGGUUGAGGUAGUCAGGUUCAGGCAUUUACUUGAGUCCAUCAUGUUAAGCUCAUCAGGACGGCUGUAUGAAAGGGGGCUUUGUCUUCAUAGGAGGUGUUAGUUGUGAGUCUUUCUUUAAACCACACGCUGCUGGGGGUUGGAAGGCGCUACUGGUAGAUCCAGCUUCUUUUCUUUCCCUCUGUUAUUUUUAUGUCUGUCUUACUUUUCCCCCUGCACUAAAGGACAAUUAUUGUGUCGAUGUGCUUCUUUUUACUCAAACAAACAAACCACAUACAUAAAGGGACCUAGUACCUCCUCACUCAUCGUACUAAAAAUUCCAAUCUUUUGUUGUUUCUGUCUUUUUUGAUGCAGAAGAUGGGAAAACAUUCUGAUACAGCUUUUUCAUUUUUAUUUUAUUCCCCUACGCGGGUGCCAACAUAUCCUCAUGAUGACCUGAAUUCAGUCCACCACCGGAUAAAUCUUUAUUCCCUUCAUGAGUUCUGCGACUGGAACGUGAGAGAAAAAACAUUGUGCAAAAAAUGAGUCACUCUGGUCAGUGGAUGGUUGAUAGGCGCUCUGGUAUGGUUUGCCCCUACUUGCAUAUCGAACAUCUAUCAUCCUGAUCUCUGUUCCUUCUUUUUGUGUUUGUUACUCUCAUGUAAUGCCUCUAAUCUUUGGCACUUAUAUGUCCUAAUUCAACCAACUGUGUUGCAA